AGCGUAUAUAAGGCUGACUUCUGGCCGGGCGCCAUUCGUGGCGCGACUCACCGCGCAUGUGCUUCUCGCGAGUGACAAGUUACUUGACCUACAAAAUGUCCGUCAAAAUUUACGUGUUGUGUCUUGUGCUGUCGACGGGUCUGGCGGCCAGAGCUCGUCCGCGAGUGCAGCAACCCAUCGAUGACUAUGACUAUCAGCCGCAGUCCCAGGAGAGAUCUGGACAGUUGGUGUUGGUUUCUCAAGACGCUUAUGACAACUUAUAUCAGGCACAAAACCGCGCUGACGAGGAGUACGAGCCUCGGGCUGUUCACCGCGGACCAGCACGUAUCAAGUCAUCGCAACCGCUGCAGGAAGCACAGAAGCAGCCUCCAGUACAGACCAUCAGGAACUACAACAAGGUUAACGAUGACGGCAGCUUUACCUUCGGUUAUGAGGCUGCGGACGGAUCUUUCAAAGAAGAGACCAGAGGAACUGACUGCGUCGUUCGUGGUAAAUACGGUUAUGUCGACCCCGAUGGUAACAAACGAGAGUUCACUUACGUCUCAGGAAAUCCUUGCGAUCCCAACAAGCCAGACGAUGAGGAACAAGAAGCUCCGUCUAGGGACUCUGCAGAGAGAGACGACCCUGAACCCAACUACCCGUCGAGACCACCCGUAAGGCCGACCACACCACGACCAGCGACUACCUACUUCCAAAACGAUUUCAGGGACGCUGAUGAAGAACCCGAAGAGGAACCUCUCCAAAAUAUUAGACCGCGUGUGGUUCAACGUCCACAACAAGCAAGGCCAGUAUUACGACCGGCCUACCAAGCUCAACAGAUCGCUAUUACGCCAAGACCGGUACCAGUGACCACUGCCAGAGCGCUCCCACCAGCGACCACCUUCAGACCACAAUUAGUCCAAGUCACACCCAAACCCCAAAUUCAGUACAGUCCCCAGCCUGAAUAUUCACCAUCCCCCUCACCGGCCGCCAUUCUCAAUUCCAGACCGGGACAGAUCGAUUUUGCUGCUGAGUUUGCUAAAUUCCAUCGUGAAAAUCAACAAACUGCUUCCACACCUAGUUCUUUAAGUACAGCAAGCAGAGCUCAGCCUACCGCUGCUGCCGCUAUUCCUUCUGGCAAUCCUUUAUACUCAACUGAAUUAGUCUUCGAUCCUUCCAGCGGUCAAUACGAUACUCAACUUUUCCAAUCUCUGCCUCAGACAAAGGGAGAACUCAAUCUCAACCAACGCCUUCAGCCUUACGUAUCUCAGCAGCAGCAGCAGCAGAGACCUUUCAUACCGUCCCCACAAAUUUCCUCUGGACCAUCCGCUCAGGCUCCCAUAUAUAGACAGCAAAUACAACAAGUACAACAAGCAAAUCCGCAGGAACUUUACCAGAGGCAACAGUCUGAGUCACAAUUCCAAAGUUCCCAACAACUUUUUGCCCAGCAGCAGCAAAUUCAACAAAGUCAGUUACAAAGAGACAGAGCUGCGGCUAAAGCUCAAGCCCAGAGACUAGCGAUCGCUCAGCAGGCGCAGGCUCCUCAGCGGUCUCCGCAAACACCCCAGUACUACUACGUGCCGCGAGAGAAUCAGUCCACGGGACAGAUCGACGCGUUCCUGAGAGGCCACGGCAUCCAGCUUUAAAACCUUAGUUAAAUAUCUGAACUAGAUAAAUUAUAUGAUCGACUGAGUCCCUGCAGGCCUAACACCAUGCGAGAGUAGUUCAGUACAGGAAUAAGUAUCUAGUUCGGUGGACUGUGGCGGCCGGCCGCGAGUGUACAUAUUGCUGUGUCUCAGUACCUUAAAGUUAUUUAGAAGUAAGUUUUAAAGAUAAUACGAACCACUGUUGUACUAAGUCCACGACGUUCCCACUUCGGACAUUACGUAUAAUUGAGAUACCAUUUUUUUGUAAUAUUUGUUUUUUAAUAAAUUAUACUUUUUAUUAAUACGUA